UUGAGAGCGCAUGCGUUAUAUUUUUUCAACCAAUUCAUUGAUUAGUCUAAGGGUUUGAAGCAAUCGUUUGUUUAUUUUAGUCGACAAUUGGUUUCUCAUUUGACUUCAAAACUAUUUAUUGGUUUUGUAUUGAAAACGCUGUCAUUUGAGACCAAAUGUGACCAUUAAUUGCAAUCAUUGAUUGAUUUAGUGAUUUACAGUCCAAUCAAUUGGUUUUGCAUUUCUUAAUGAAUGUCAAAUCAUUGCCAUUCACUGUCUAUGUGUUUGUCAUCCACUUAAUCAACACAUUAGUUAAACACUUGAUUUCAUUAAUAAAUUACAAGAUUAUGGAUAACAACAACAGUGACCACAAUAUUGAUGACCCAUUGGUGAUGAAGACAUACGAACAACACAAGAAGGCUUUUGAUAUCAUCUCAAAGGCUCUUAAAAUUGAUGAAAAGAUUGACAACAAAAACAUCGACCAAAAACAAAUAGUGAUAGACAUGUAUUCACUCGGCAUUAAUGAGUUAAUACAAGGUAUUGAAUUAGACUUGACUGACGUUACCGGAGAGGAAGGUCUAAGAGCACGAAAAUUGCAACAAAAGAUGGAAAACAAUCUCGAGAUGGUUCGCGACCGCAAACAAAGAUUAGAGUGUAUGUCCCAAAUAUAUGGCCUCAGCUCUCAUUUGCCGCUUUUUAAAGAAGGAGAUGAUGUCGUUGACAGUUCUCCACAAAUAUUACCUGAAAACAAAGCAAUGCUUAGAAAGGGUGAUCCCUCUCCUACUUAUAAUAAGACUCCCAAAACACAAAAUAUUAAAAUUACAAAUAUUAAAGAUCGGUUAACUAAACCUUUAUAUAAAACUCCAGUAUCAUCACUUACUUAUACAUCACUGUCUGUUGAUAAUAAAUCAUUAAAUAAUAUUAAAAACUCAUCAAAAUUGAUGAAACCUCGUCUAACAAAUAUGUCACCAAAUGGUUCGACAUCUCCCAAAUCCUUAGUAAAUCCGUUGUCCAAUAAGCCAUCACCCAAUCCAUUGUCAUCUAAGUCUCGAACAUCAAAAACUCCGACUAAUCCAUCUCCACGACCAACAUCUCCGUUAACUCCGAACUCAAUUUUACCAAAACUGUCGGCUAAUUUUAAAGGUGUUGACAAAAAAUUAGUUCAAAAUAUUUUGGAUGAAAUAUAUGACCGCAAUUCAGAUUCAAUAUCUUUCGAUUCAAUCGCCGGUCAAGAUGUUGCAAAACAAGCCCUCAAUGAGAUGGUUAUACUGCCGACAAUACGUCCCGAAAUAUUUACUGGUCUGAGGGCACCUCCAAAAGGUUUAUUAUUGUUUGGUCCGCCCGGUAAUGGAAAAACACUUUUGGCAAAAGCUGUGGCCACUGAAGCAAAAGCCAAGUUUUUGAGUAUAUCUGCAUCCAGUUUGACCUCUAAAUGGUUAGGAGAGGGAGAAAAAUUAGUGAGAGCUUUGUUUGCUGUGGCCCGUGAACUCCAACCAACCAUUAUUUUUAUUGAUGAAGUCGACUCUUUAUUAACCGAACGAAGAGAGAAUGAACACGAAGCCAGUCGACGACUUAAAACUGAAUUCUUUAUCGAAUUCGAUGGAAUACAUUCUACAAAUGAAGAAAGGAUUCUUGUGAUGGCAGCCACUAAUAGACCACAAGAGUUGGACGAUGCGGCCCUCAGGAGAUUUACAAAACGUAUUUAUAUAACACUACCUAAUUAUAAGACGCGAAUCACACUUCUCGAAAAAUUGAUGCAAAAGCAGAACAAUCCGCUUUCGAUGAAAGAUUUGCAAUUAUUGGCCGCAGAAACUGAGGGAUACAGUGGUAGUGAUUUAACUGCUUUGGCAAAAGAUGCGGCUCUCGGACCGAUUCGGGAGUUGGAUAACGAACAAGUGAAACGGUGCAAUCCUAAUAAGAUGCGGUCAAUCAAURUUAACGAUUUCAAACAGUCAUUAAAAAAGAUUAGAAAAAGUGUGGCCGAAAGUACUCUUCAACAGUACCACAAUUGGAACCAACAAUUCGGUGACAUUUCACUGUGAUUAACAAA